UUUUAUUUUGUGAUAUGUAGUUCACCAUACCGCCAUCUGCUGCUGGAUGAAUUUGUUAUUUUGACGAUGACAUCAAAAGAAAGGCAAAAAGUUGUUUAUUUGACGAGAAUAGAGCAAUUUUCAGCUUGUCAUAGAUUACACAGUUCAGAGCUAAGUGAUGAUGAAAACUUCAAACUGUACAGUAAAUGUAACAACCCUAAUGGCCAUGGUCACAAUUACAAAGUUGAGCUGACAUUGCGAGGAAAGGUUGACCCAGUGACUGGCAUGGUUAUGAACAUCUCAGAUCUCAAGAUUUACAUGAAGAAUGGCUUCCUUGAUUUGCUCGAUCACAAGAAUCUCGAUAAGGAUGUAAGCUACUUUGGGUCAACUGUUAGCACAGUGGAGAACAUUGCUAUCUUUAUCUGGGACAGAAUGGCAGAGUGUCUUCCAGAUCCAUCACUUCUCUAUGAGGUCAAAGUUCAUGAAACUGAUAAGAAUAUAGCCGUCUAUAGAGGAGAAUGAGACUAGGAUUGCAGCUAACAAAACCAAGUAUUAAAGCUUUAAAACAAGAAGAACAGAAGAACAUGACCACGGACAAGACCCCCCCCCCCAUGGGUCACGAUUUUGUGAAAAUGGUAGGGAUCUUCAUCUGGGACAGAAUUUUGGAAUGUCAGCCAGAUGCUGUAAUCAUCUGAGGUCAAAGUUCACAACAUCGUGGUUUAUUUGAUUUGGAAUCACCUUGAAAUCUGCAGAAGAGAAAGAGGACAAUGAUGUUAUCGCAUUAAUUGUUACGUCUGGAAAGGCUGAAGGAAAACCCAAGAAUUUUGACUCAAAACAUGGACUAUGGUGCAUGCGAUGAAUGGCAUUUGGUAGGGUCCAUGGUUGAUUGCAUAUGAAAUGUGUGCCUGCCUCCAUCAGCCCUCCCCCUUCCGAUAAUGCAACUGGGUCAAACUGCCAGGUUAUAUUUAAGAAGGGCUUUUGAAAUUUUGGAAACUUUGUUCAGAUAUUGUCACACUUGACUCGGGUGAUGGGUAUGAACAUGUGUUUAUCAUUUCACUGGUCAAAAUAAUAGUUUUAAAUGUUUACAUGUACUAUGAUCAUGGAAGACAGGAGUGAGACCCAUUGCAUCAAUAUUUAUUUGUUACUAUAAUUUUUUUAAUUUUUCGUUAAAAGAAAAUGAUAAAUGAUUCUUAUUUGUAUCUUUUAGAGCAGGGUUGUACCAACCACACUUUUUGAAUACAUUCCAAUAUUAUAUAAUAAAUGUGCUAACUCAUACAGUAUUUGUAUUUAGUGGAGCGAGAGUCUUAAGAUCUGACAAAGGUUUUGCGGUUCGACCAAUGGCAUAGUGAAUACAGUGGAUUUUUAUUAGUUGGAUAUUAUAAAAUGAGUUUCUUCUUCAUUAGGGGCCUGUUUCAUAAAACUUGUUAUGAUAACAAAUUUGCAAUAACAGUUAAAAGCUACUGAAAUCCUUCAAUCUGAUUGGAAGAUAGUAUUGGUUUUAGAAAUUGUACAUCUGUUAUGUCUUAUGAAACAGGACCUAGAACAUGCUAGUGCCACUGUGAGCAUUAUUCUCUUGCUAUACUGCUAAUUGUUAAUUUAUUACAAGCUCAUUUUAUAUUUUGAUCGGGCUUGUGUUUCAAAACAAAAUUGAAAGAGAUAAAAUGUCAAUUUGAAUCAAAUUAUCAUGUUCAAAAGUGAUAUCAUAAAAAAAUUCAGUUGAAUGCCAAAGAUUUAAUUCAUAAUAAUCUUGCCUCAUAAUUAAGUAAUUGUACUAACAGUACUAUUGUAAGAAAAAAUCAAAUAAAUCAACUUGAUGUUGCAAUUAAGAGUUUGUGGCCAAUUAUUUCAUAUUUAGGCUUUUAAAGAAUCAUGGAAUAUAUGGAAAUCAUGGUCAAGGGAUCUUAAUUAAACAUAAAUGCCAGUUGUAGAAAUAACCUUAAAACAAAUUCAAACAGAAUCCAAUAAAAUGACCAUCCAGAUGUUUUUAUGUCUGAAUAAAAAAAUACAUAUAAAAUGAUUUUAGUGGAAUGGUAUAAUUAUUUGAAAUCAGGCAAAUGAACAUAGCUUUCCAGUCAAGUGUAGGGUCUUUUGCCAAUCAAUAAUAACACUCUCUGAGAAAUCUUCAUUUCAAACAUUUUUUAUGUUAGAUUCCAUGAUUUCACAAAGUUAGGUUGUAUAAGUUAUUUAUAUUAUAUGUUUAUUUAUGUUUUUAAUGCUCCAUGCAGUUGAAAGCACAUUCCAUAUAAUGGACUACAGUGAAAUACAGACUUAUUUUCAGGUCUUUGAUAAUGUUGACAACUGACAAUUAGUCUUGAUUGUAUUUUGAAAGACUCUCGUAAAUCGUUGCUGCAACUACCUUUGUUUAGCUUUGAUAUUGGCUCAUUGUAAAAGAAAUCUGCUGGCUUUGCUCUAUGGUGUUUACAACUAGUCAUAUUGUUUCCAGUAAACUUUUUAUUAACUUAUUUCUCUCUUGUGUAAUAAUUUGCAUUCAUUACUAUUUACAUUUUUGUACCACUGAUUUAUUUCUCUGUUACACCUGCAACAGAGAAUCGUAAUCAUCUAAAGACUGUCUGCUUCACCAUUUUUUUUAUAUUCUGUUUUUUAUUAAAUGGUAUUCAUUUAAUUCAAAUAGUAGAAUAGAUAGUAUUUAUAUUUUAAGGUAAUGGUGAGUUUUUGUCUCACCUGCAUAGCAGAGUGAGACUAUAGGCGAAGCUU